CAUGUCAAGCCGCUAAAAAUGGCGUCGAAGUAAAUCAAGUUUUCAAAGUAUAUGUGAUACUCUUGCGUUUUCCUGCAAAAGACGUAACAUUGGAUUGCGCUAUUCUUCACCUUAAUGCUUAAGAUGUAAAUGUAUGUUCUAAAUACGCUGUCAAGGCAAAAUGAACCUCGAGUUAUUAGAAUCUUUCGGGCAGAACUACCCCGAGGAAUUCGAUGGUGCUCUGGACUGCAUAAGCUUGGCAGUCACGUGCGCUUUCAAUAAACGUGGGACUCUCUUGGCUGUUGGUUGCAAUGAUGGCCGGCUUGUAAUCUGGGACUUCCUGACUCGUGGUAUAGCCAAAAUUGUCAGUGCCCACGUGCACCCAGUGUGCUCCUUAUGCUUCAGUCGAAAUGGCCACAAGCUUCUCAGUGCAUCGACAGACAACAGUGUGUGUAUUUGGGAUGUCUUGAGCGGUGAAUGUGACCAAAAAUAUAGGUUUCCAUCUCCUAUAUUAAAAGUUCAAUUUCAUCCCAGAAAUGACAAAGCAUUUCUUGUCUGCCCAAUCAAGCAUGCUGCCGUGCUGGUCAACGUAGAUGGAGCACAUUCCACAAUUCCCCUCGACGAUGAGUCCGACCUGAACAUUGUUGCUUCGUUUGACCGAAGAGGAGGCCAUAUCUACACAGGGAAUGCAAAGGGAAAGAUACUUGUCGUGUCAGUCCCGGAUCUUGAAGUGAAGGCAUCAUUUCGAGUCACCACUGGAACAUCCAAUACUACAGCAAUCAAGUCGAUCGAAUUUGCUAGACGGGGCGACUGCUUCCUGGUGAACACAGCGGACCGUAUAAUACGUGUCUACAGUGCAAGUGAUGUGAUGUCUUUCGGCCGAGAUGGGGAGCCAGAUCCAUUGCAGAAAUUGCAAGACUUGGUCAACAAAACCAUGUGGAAGAAGUGCUGCUUUUCGGGUGACGGGGAAUACAUUUGUGCUGGGUCUGCCAGGCAGCAUGCUCUGUACAUCUGGGAGAAGAGCAUUGGAAACUUGGUCAAGAUCCUGCAUGGUACCAAGGGUGAACUGCUGCUUGACGUUGUGUGGCACCCAGUACGUCCCAUCAUAGCAUCCAUAUCUAGUGGAGUGGUGUCUAUUUGGGCCCAGCCACAAGUGGAAAACUGGAGUGCAUUCGCCCCUGACUUCAAGGAACUGGAUGAAAAUGUGGAGUAUGAAGAGCGUGAGAGUGAGUUUGAUUUGGAAGACGAAGAUGCGAGCCCUCCUCAGCAUACAGAGAAAGAAGAAGAGGAUGGAGAAGUUGAUGUUGAGACAGUUGAGCCCAUAGUUGCAUUUUGCAGCAGCGAUGAGGAAGGCGAAGACCCACGCGCACUGCUGUACCUGCCAAUAUCACCUGAAAUCGAUGAGCCCGAGGAGGGCUGGGGCCAACCACCAGAACCUGCCAGUGAAGAGGUUGGCACGAAGCGCCCCAGUGCCCAGGCAGAGUCACCGAAGAAGAAGAAGCCCAAGACCUAUGACAUAGAGCUGAAGGACGCUCCUAUUGGGGAGACGCACCCGCUGCUGAGCACUAAGGUGAAGGACAAGAGCCAGCAGCCGCGCAAGAAGCCGGGCAAGAGCAGCGGCGGCCAGGAAGCGAAGUCCCCGAGGACGUCCAAGCUGUCCAAGCUCAAAGACAUCGACGGGGGCAGUUUUGAAGGCUCAAACUCUCCAGCGUGAUUACCAGGCCACCUCACUGCGACCGAGUCUCAUCAUCAUCGUCACGAUGUAUCGAACAUACUGGCUGCAUGUUACGUGUUUUGUAAAGUUUUAACGCACACGAUUUUAUCUUGCUUAUUGCAUUUGUUUCUUAUUAUCGAUAUUUCAGGUGGAUGAUAUUAAAAUGUUGCUUUUAGCCCUA